CCUAAACCCGUUCCACCCGCAAGAAUUUCGCCCGGCGACGAGCCGGACGAAUCGGCUCCCCGUACCCCACGCCACCGAUCCGCACCGCCGCCGAGGAGGCGCCUUUCGGGCCGUGACACGUUCUUGGCGGAUGGCGCUGGCGUGGGAGCGCGCCAGGCGCGCGCUCGCCACCAGGCUCUGCAUCCGCUUUCCGGCGCGGCACGUGGCCAUCCAGGACGUGCCGCGUGAGCUGGAUGACGUGGAGGCGCCGUUGCCGGAGGUGGAGGAGCAGGAGGAGAGGAGGUCCGGGAGCCGGAGUUCGGCGAAAAUAUGCGCCAUUUGCCUCGGCGGCAUGAGAUCAGGACACGGACAAGCUUUGUUCACUGCUGAAUGCUGCCACAAGUUCCACUUCCACUGCAUCUCCUCAAAUGUGCAGCAUGGCAACAAAGUCUGCCCGAUUUGCCGCGCCAUAUGGAAGGAACUGCCUUUCCAUGGUCCUCUGAUUGCCGAUGUUGCUGCUCAAGGGACAGCCACUGCAAACCCAUCGGAUUGGCCCCAGGGCAGGCUACCGCGUGCCGAUACCGUGAACCGGCAGGAUCAUUUUCCGGUCUUUCGCACUCCGGAGUCGGAAAUUUUCAAUGAUGAUGAGCAGAUAAAUCUUCAGUCUGAAACAACAGUGGGUGGAGGCCAUGAUGGGGAUGGGAUUCCUUCUUCAGUUGAGAUCGUGACAUACACUGAAUUCCCAGCCAUUAAGGAGUCUGUGGCACAGAAGAAUUUUACCAUCUUGAUCCACCUCAAGGCUCCGCAUGCGCCAGCGUCGGUGAGCUCCCGCGCGCCGCUGGACCUGGUGACCGUGCUCGACGUGAGCGGGAGCAUGGCGGGGACCAAGCUCGCGCUCCUGAAGCGUGCCAUGAGCUUCGUGAUUCAGAGCCUCGGCCCCAGUGACCGGCUCUCCGUCAUCGCCUUCUCGUCGUGUGCUUGGAGGCUGUUCCCGCUGCGGAAGAUGACCGCGUUCGGGCGGCAGCAGUCGCUGCAGGCUGUCGGCUCCCUCGUUGCCAAUGGCGGCACGAACAUCGCCGACGGGCUGAGGAAAGCUGCCAGGGUGAUGGAGGACAGGCAGGCGAGGAACCCUGUGUGCAGCAUUAUCCUCCUCUCCGACGGCGUGGACACCUACAUCGUGACGCCUACGCAAGGCGCGCCGCCGGACUACGAGCCGCUCGUCCCGCGCUCUAUCCUCCCUGGGAGCGGCCACCACGUGCAGGUCCACGCCUUCGGCUUCGGCGCGGACCACGACUCGGCAGCGAUGCACUCCAUCGCCGAGAUGUCCGGCGGCACGUUCUCGUUCAUCGACGAGGUGGGCACCAUCCAGGACGCGUUCGCGCAGUGCAUCGGCGGCCUCCUCAGCGUGGUGGCUCAGGAGACGCGGCUGAGCAUCGAGUGCGCCGACGAAGGCGUCCUGCUGACGUCCAUCAAGUCGGGGGGCUACGCAAACGAGGUGGCCGGCGAUGGGCGCGGCGGGUUCGUCGACGUCGGCGACCUGUACGCUGACGAGGAGAGGGACUUCCUGGUCACCGUGCGCGUCCCUGUCGCGCCCGGGGACACCGCGCUGAUCCUGCCUAGCUGCACCUACCGCGACGCGGUCACCACUGAGACCGUCCGGGUGGAAGGCGACCGGGUGACCGUGCCUCGCCCGGCGGGCCCGGUGAGCGCCGCGAUGUCCCCGCAGGUGGAGCGCGAGUGGCACCGCGUCCACGCCACGGAGGAUAUGGCCGCGGCGCGCGCCGCCGCCGAGGACAACGACUUCGCGCGCGCCGCGUCGAUCCUGGAGUCCCGCCGACGGGCGCUUGAGUCGCUCGCAUCGCUGUCCUCGGACCCGCAGACGCUGGCGCUGGUGGCCGAGCUGCGGGAGAUGCAGGACCGCGCGGAGAGCCGGCAGCGGUACGAGGAGUCUGGCCGCGCCUACAUCCUGGCCGGGCUGAGCUCCCACUCGUGGCAGCGCGCCACGGCGCGCGGCGACUCGACGGAGCUCACGGGCCUCGUCCACACCUACCAGACGCCGUCCAUGGUUGACAUGCUGCACCGGUCGCAGGCGCUCCUGCCCGAGGUCGUUGAGGCGCUCAACCGGUCCCCGACCGUGGCGCCGUCGCGCAGCCCGGCCGCCGACCCCGCCUCGCAGCGCCGGUCUCUGGCCCGGGCGUUCAGGCCGACCAAGUCUUUUAACGGGCGAUCCUCGUGAUGCUUGCUGCUCCAUUGGCAGUGCAUCCAUCGGUAGCAGAUACCAUCCUGAAGUAGUAGUUAGAAGCAAGAAGAAACCCAUCACCAUUGUUUCGUUUGUUUGAUACAUGCAUCUUUCCUGCCGCUA